AUGAAGCCCGGAGGCCAGCGGGGGGCGGCGGCCCCGCCGGGGGGCGUCCAGCCGGGGGGCGCCCGCGCCGGGCCCCUGGCCUUCAGCGUGGAGGCCCUGCUGGUGGCGGAGCGCAGGCCCGGCCGGGGGCCCCCCGAGGGACCCCCCGAGGGACCCCCCGACCGACCCCCGCCGGACCCGGGACCCCCCAACCCCGGACCCUGCUGCCCGACGCCCGACGCCUCCGCGCCCACGCGAGCCCCCAGCCCCCCGGCCUGCACCCUGCGCAAACACAAGACCAACAGGAAGCCCCGGACGCCCUUCACCACGGCCCAGCUGCUGGCCCUGGAGCGCAAAUUCCGGCAGAAGCAGUACCUGUCCAUCGCCGAGCGGGCCGAGUUCUCCACCUCCCUCAGCCUCACCGAGACCCAGGUGAAGAUCUGGUUCCAGAACCGGCGCGCCAAGGCCAAGCGGCUGCAGGAGGCCGAGCUGGAGAAGCUGAAGCUGGCGGCCAAGCCCCUGCUGCCCUCCUUCGCCCUGCCCUUCCCGCUGGGCGGUCCCCUGCAGGGCUCUCCGGCCCUCUACGGACCGUCCGGGGGCUUCCCCCGGGGCCCUCUGCAGCCCGUGCCAGGCCUCUUCACCACCCCGCUCACCUAUGGCAUGUACUACCUGUCCUAGGCCAGGGCGCCCUCCGGCCUGGCACCAAGGGAUGCCCUUCCUCUCUGCCGGCCUGCCACCCUCGGGCCCCCCCACCACCCAGGCGCCAACGAGGGGGGCCCAGAGGGGCCACCCAUCCCGCCUCCACCGCGGGAUGCCCUUCCUCUCUGCCAUCCUGCCAUCCUCGGGACCCCCGGCCCGCCAGGGGCUCCGGGGGGUGCCCAGAAGUGGAGACUGGGGGCCACCCCAAGGACCCCGAGCCCUUCCCACCCACUCUCCUCCCAGCCAAGAUCCGUCCUUCUGCUCCAGGGGGCCUGAGGAAAACCAGUCCUUGCUUUAAUGAUGCUGCCUGAGCCCACUGUUGGGUAGGGACUGUCUCUAUAUGUUGCCAAUUUGUA